GUUUGGGCCUGAUUGGCGAUGAUGGGCGGGCGCUUGCUUUGCCAAGCGAGGCCCCACAGCCAGUCGGAUUCCCUCCCUCUGCUCAGAAAUGCAUGCUUCGACUCUUCCGUUUGUAUUCUGCCAUUAUUCGCGCCCCAGCGUUGUUGUGAAUCAGCCAUGGCGACCAAAGACAUGAACUCGGUGCUCAAGGAGAUGGCCGAUGCGCGCGACGUUGCUGCAACGAUCACCAAAGCCGCCCAGCAAAUGUCCGAGUUCCUGGGCCGCUUCGAGAAUCGCUGUCGAUUCGGACUCGCAAAACUCGAGGAGCAGCUCAUGGUUCUCGAAAAGCGGCUGGUGCUGCUGGAGACAAGGGCUAUCAGCGUGCAGAAGAGCACCUUUGAUGCCUCCGCGGGUCUUUCGCCCACCGAAACGACGCUGCCCCGAGAUAUACCGUCCACGAUGGAGCCACCACCACAUGCGAUUGCUGAUGCAGCCUCGGUAUCUGCCGGUCCGCCUCCACCUCCGCCAGCACCCCCAUGCAAGGUGUAGCGGGCCAGCAGCGCGAUCUGGAAUGAUCGAUGGCGCUCAUCAAGGGCAGCUCAUUGAAUAAUCGCCGGAGGGCAUGCGGGAGUGUGUUGGGUUGGGCAGCACGAUCUUGAAAUACAAACGGUCCAUCUUGGAACAGGAC